AUGGCGCCCACCUCCGACGACGUCCUCGACAUUGCCCGGAAGACCAUUAAGAUCUUCUCGAAAUACGGCUUAAACUGCUGUCUGUUUGGAAGCACCGCCAGCUAUCUCUACGGUGUCAAGCGGACCCCAAACGACGUCGAUAUCGUCGUUCUCUCCAACGCCUACAGCCAGGAAACCUUGAAGGAAAUCCUUGUACGCGACGACUCCCACUUCUAUCUAGUCGGAUCCAAGAAUCGACGCGCGACGUACCGCGUUCUCUGGUACAGUCUCUCCAACAGCUCCUUCCACCGUCCUUCCCUCGACUGCAAAGUCGACAUCCUCAUCCCCGGCAUCCUGGGCAUCCCCAUGGUCCCUGCAGAGCGCGUGCACACGAUCGCGGGGCUGCCCGUGAUGCCGAUGAUCCCGCAACUCCUGCUCAAGGUCCAGGGGUGGUCGGACCAUCGCGCCUCGCAUCGCUCGGAUAUGCAGCAGAAGCAGUACGUCGAUAUCGGGGACAUCGACGAGCUGCUGGCCAUUGCCGUCGCGGAGGGCGCGGACGUGCGCGCUCCCGAGUGCAAGUGGCUCCCAGGGUCUAUGACUGGAGUCGCGUCGACGCGGAUCUGGUCGUAUACUCUGCGCGGAUCGGCGAAGAGCAAGGGGGAGUGGAAGCAGCUUGGGUUCGAGAUCCCUUGA